AUGUCCCUUAAAAUAGCAAAGGAAAUUUUGGAUUAUCUCAAGGCUAAAUAUGAAGGAGAUGAGAGGAUUCGUGGAAUGAAAGUUCUGAAUUUGAUUAGGGAUUUUGAGUUGCAAAAGAUGAAGGAGUCUGAGUUGGUGAAGAAGUGCUCUAACAGAUUUCUCAGCAUUGCUAACAAGGUGAGAUUGCUUGGUUCUAUGUUAAAUGAUUCCAGGAUCAUUGAAAACUUGCUAGUCACUAUUCUAGAGAAAUUUGAAGCCACCAUUACUACUCUCGAGAACACCAAAGACCUGUCAAAGAUUUCUCUUAUAGUGCUCUUGAACGUUUUACAAGCACAAGAGCAAAGGAGGUCUAUGAGGCAAGAUGGGGUGAUUGAAGGUGUCUUACUUGUUAAGCAUCAAGACAACAUCAGUCAAAGGACAGGUGAAAGAGUAGAUGCACAUAUAGUUGAUCAAGAAGAAGAAGAUCAAUUGUUUGUGGUCCCUUGUUUCUCAGGCAAAGAAUCAAGCGAGAUCUGGUUGAUUGACAGUGGGUGCACGAAUCAUAUGACAUAUAACAAGAAGUUUUUUGAGGAAUUAAGAGACACUGAAGUUAAGAGAGUAAGGAUUGACAAUGGUGAACACUUGGAAGUAAGUGAAAAGGCACAAUAG